GUGGUGAAGCAGUCGAACAAGAAGGAAGCCGAGACGGCACUUUUGAAAACGCCAACGAAGAAUCGACAGUUACACCAUUCUUCAGUUGGCUAUGCUCCGCGUGUUCGUCUUUCUUCUCUGCCUGGCCACUGCCAUUCACGCGCGUAGUCUGUGCGAUCUCAGCGCAGACGACGGAAUUCGAUGCGAAUGCACUGAAACGGAGGCUGUCUGCGAACCUACCCGACCGCUGGAGUCGCUGGUUCCUGCCGAUCACAGACUCCCAUACGAAAAAUUCAAAAGCCGUCGGAACGUCAGAACCAUCACUUCGCUGUUGCUUCAAUCGCCCGACGACAAAUCCUUACUGAAAAAAUUCCCCAAUGACAUCUUCAAAGAACCCUUGCACUUCAAAGUUGUCACCGUCGCGCACGGAGCGCUCUCCGUCCUCGAACCGUUCACCGCAUUCGGUUCCGAUAUUGUUCGGGAGCUCACCAUCAGCGAAUGUGACAUAACAGAAUUGAAGAAGAAGGCCAUCGUUGGUCUCAAGAGUCUUAUGAAACUGGACCUGUCGAUGAAUUUGAUGACGGAAUUCGGGACUGGGGUUCUGUCAGAUCUACCGAUGCUGGAAGAACUGAUCAUCGCGCAUUCGGAGCUAAAGGAGGUCAAGGCGCACGCUUUCGUCGAGCUCGGAGCGCUGAAGUCGCUCUCGCUUAAGGACAAUAAGCUGACCUCCUUCGACAACGAGCUCUUGACCGGACUGGAGCGCCUCGAGAGACUUGAUCUCAGCUAUAACUUCUUGGAAAAAAUUGACGACAACUCGUUCGUGGAUGUUCCUAGACUCACUCACAUUGAUCUCACGGGGAAUCGGCUUCUAAGCGUUACUCCUACGACAUUCAAAGGACUGUACUUCCUCCGCAACUUGAGCAUGGGUUACAACGACCUCACGAGUCUCCCGGACGCCUUUUUGCGAGAUUCUCGAGUACUGAAACACCUCAAUCUGGAGCGGAACCGUCUACGAACCGUCACGUUGGACUCACUGCAUGGCCUCCAAGUGAUCAGGCCAGACUUCUUCUUGGACCUUAGAUUCAACCCUCUUACUUGCUCCUGCGAUCUUUAUUAUUUGACGGAACUCCGAAAACGUCGAUUGGCUACUAUGGCGAACGAAUUCGAAGACCCACCGGAAUUCAGGAAUCUCCAAUGUAGAGUUCCGGACGGAGACUCGUUCGAACCCAGGGUUAUCGAUGAUGAGCUCUUUGUGAAGAAUCAAUGCCAAGAGCUAGGGGGUCUCGCACAACAUAUCCCGCCCCCGAGCUCGCAGAGCAUAUCUCACUCCCCCACGUAUUCUUCGGCCUCAUCGUUGAAUACCUCUACCGCAAAUCCUCUGCGACCUCUUCUACCGGUCAUUCUGGCAGCUUUACUCCUCCUGCGAUUAGUUGAACACUGACGUGCGAUCAACAUCCUGUAAAAAAAAUGUUAUCAUCCCGGGAAAGUUCUUAUAGCAUCCAUCAUCUUUGACACUCAUCAUUUUAGGAAGCAUCGAUCCCAAUUCUGAAUGAUUCAAACAUGUUUACGAUAGAUAACAUAGUACCUACUUGAAUGCGGUGAAAUGUGAAAGCGUGGCUGUCGGUCGUGGGAUGGGGUCCACUGCUCGGGAAAAUGGCAAGCUUGUUGUGGGACUGUACGAAUGCUUUGAGACAGUUUGCACAGAGUUAUUUCAGACUACCCGAUGUCCAGGAUCGCGAACUCUUACAUGCCUCUAUCUCAGUGCAGUCGAAAGACAUUGGUCGCGUCUUCUCAUUCUGUGCCGGACAAAGUCAGUUAGCUGUGAAAUCGAACUUCUACGAUUAAGAAUUGAGGCUUUUUCAUUGCACGACGACAGGGGAACAUCACUCUCACGAUGUUUCCCUUCAGAACGAAAAGAAAGUAUUUAUUUUACAAGCCUUGUCGAACUUGAUUGAGAGAUUAUAGAGAUAAAAGCGCUGCUAAUUUGUA